AUGGCGUCGGUCUAUCGAGGCGUUUUUGCAGCAGACGCCUCGCAUUGGCAUAUUUGCUCUUUGAAGCAGCAGCAAAAGCAGCAGAAGUUACUGCCGCUGCUGUUGAAGGAACCCACACACAGACAGUGGGAAAUGCAUGAGCUUCAGCAGCAGCUUGGUAUUCAGCCGCUAACUUGCUUACCGGUCGUUGCAUUACGCGCUACGCGAUCUGCGAAUACGCAAGUAAGCAAGCCCCCUUGGUGUUGUCAGGUAAUGGGUCUUACCGCAAUGAAGCCAGCAGCUGUCCUUCUGGCGGAGGCCUUUAGUCGCAUGCAGGCGAGAGAGCGGGAUCUGCUUGCCACGGAAAUGGACGAGCCGCACGAUGGGUGGCUACAAUAUAUUGUCGAAGAGGACCAUGAAUAUAAAGAGGCUUCUGUGGAGGCUAUGCAUGUGAAACACCCUUCCUUUCCUAGUGGAAAACACUCGGCUUAG